ACUGUACUUCGCCCCUUGUGUUCGCACCCAUGAAAUGCUCAAAUCGACCGCUUUUCGCCAGUUGACGUCAUAAAGAAAGCGGUAAAGAGGUCACGGGAAGCUACGCCAUCGAGUCGUACGACUUUGACAGGAAGAAGAUCGCUCUGGUGUAUCCAGAAACAGGCAGCAGACAAGUGCAAGACUACGGCAAGGGUCUAUUGUACAUGAUUACUGGAGGACAAUGCUACACCAAUCCCUGGCCAUAUUCCAUGCCGAGAUGCAUACCAGAUAACGCCACCGCGAUUGCAACAUUCGAGAUGGGUGGACCGGACGGACUCGUGGUGGAACAGUACGACCUGGGCAAUUUCCUUCCUGGCUUUAACGGGUAUAUGCAGUUUACCAUGCCCGACUGUCUACCUGUUUCACAGACACAGUACUAUGAUUCGUAUGUGACCAUUUUUGGGUUUACCAACAUCACUGAAGGCAUCAGGGACCCCUCCGUGUUCGACAUACCCAGUCCCCCAUGUCCCAGGGACAUGGACAACGCCGUGGAACCACUACUGUUCGGACAUGUUCAACCCUGACCUUAGAAAGAGAGGUUCCUGUCUUCAGACCUUGUCAAGGUCAAAUCCAGUGAACGACACUGCAAGAAUAUUGUCUAUUAAAGAAAGAGCAUUUAUGGUCUCAUA